CUUUGUCCCCGAGUUUAUAGCCGUCACAUGCAUUGGGCAUAUAUAAUAAGGAAACCCCAGAUACCCUGGUUAGUAAAAUGCUGCAGAAUACGAGUAUAGACGAGAUAGAUCGGCCUAAUCUGGUGAUAGUCUGGUCUGCUUAUCAAUGUUUUAGAGACCCGAUAUGCUUCGUAAUUUAUCCCCCGCUACUAAGUGUGGCUCCAUGGUUCAUGAGGUUACAGCCGAUUACACAGUAACUGCUUGGGGGAAUUGGGGGUAUAUAAGUAGCUAUAAAACCUCCUUUCAUUCCUGCCAGUUUAUGAAUUUUUUUGUCUAAAGAGCUAUACUUUUAAUCUCCCUCUCAAAGUAAUGACUUCCAACUCAGAUCCACCACAGGAUAUUCCUCCAGUGUAUAAGGACUCUGAUCAGACCUUCUUUGGUGAUAUCCAAGCGGUCCUUUCCAAUCCAGCCAGUAUCAAUGAGAUUGGUAAUUCCUUGUCUUCCGAUCAAAAGUUCCAGGUUUUAGCCCGGACCGGGCAUGCUGGUUUGGAGGACUUAGACGACUUGCCGGUGGAGGCCGAGUACAUGAUUAUCAAGGUGGACAACUUGACCAUCGAUGAGUCUCUUGAAAUCUUGAAAGACGCAAUUGUAUACCACAAGGGUGAUGUUAACUUCUUGCCAGAUGAAUACAACCAGAUGGUUGCCUUGGUCAAAGAAGGCGCACCAGUCCUGGAAUCCGAUACGGGGCUCCAUGCGGCUGAGAAGUUCAACCUCAAGGACAAGGAGAAUUUCAAGGAUAGCACCGACGAUAAAGGAUCUUACAUUUCCGAUUGGGAAUUCGAAUGCCGCCUCCUAGCCUCCUUGAUUCACUUCCAUUCGCCUUAUGCCGAAGUCAGAGCGGUGACGGAUCCGUACGAUGACCCUUCCGUCCCUGUGGAAACCAUUAGGUCCUAUUUCUUGGCCUUUAUCUGGACAGUGAUCGGUUCUGGUGUUAACGAAUUUUUCUCUCAUAGACAACCCUCUAUUUCGUUGGACACCUCUGUGAUCCAGUUGUUUUUGUAUCCAUGUGGUAAAAUUUUGGAGUUGUUGCCAGACUGGGGUUUCACUGUCAGAGGUAAAAGGUAUUCCAUUAACCCAGGACCUUGGUCUUACAAGGAACAGAUGUUUGCUACCAUAUGUUACUCUGUUUCCGCCGCUGGUGCUUAUGUGGACUCCAACAUUAUCGUUCAAAAGUUGGGUGUGUACUAUGACAAUGAUUGGGCAGAUUUUGGUUAUCAGGUUUUGUUGAUUUUCUCGACCCAAUGUUUAGGGUUCGGUUUCGCUGGCAUCAUGAGAAAGGUUUGCAUUUAUCCGGUGCGAAGUAUUUGGCCUACUAUUUUACCCACGCUUGCCCUUAACCGUGCCUUGUUAAAACCCGAGAAGAGAGAAAUCAUCAAUGGAUGGAGGAUCUCCAAGUACAACUUCUUUUGGAUCUUUUCUGGCGCCUCGUUCCUCUACUUUUGGAUCCCGAAUUAUCUUUUCGGAGCAGUUUCUACUUUCAACUGGUUGACCUGGAUCAAGCCGAUGAACUUCAACUUGGCCGCAAUUACUGGUUCUGUCCUUGGUUUGGGAUUGAACCCGAUUCCGACCUUUGAUUGGAACAUUAUCAACUUUAAUUCCGCGUUAGUCAUUCCAUUCUAUUCCCAGUUGAAUCUCUAUAUCGGAUCUCUUUUCGCUUUCUUUUGCAUUAUUGGCGUAUACUGGGGAAACUACAAGUGGACUGGAUACUUACCCAUUAACGAUAACUCGUUGUUCACUAAUACCGCGGAUUACUAUGAUGUUACCCAAAUUUUAACCAAUGGCCUAUUUGAUAAUGAGAAGUAUCAAGCUUACUCGCCGCCUUUCUACAGUGCCGCUAACUUGGUCCUUUAUGGCGCAUUCUGUGCCCUCUAUCCAUUUGGUUUUAUUUACACAAUCUAUGACCAGUGGGAGUCAAUGAAGAGUGCUGGUAUCCUGCUUUAUAAGACGGCAGUGAAUUUUAGAAGGUCGAACUUUGAAGGCUUGACCGAUCCGCACUCUAGAAUGAUGGGUAGGUAUAAGGAAGUUCCAGAUUGGUGGUUUUUGAUUAUUUUGGUUAUUUCCAUUGUGCUUGGUAUUCUUUGUGUCGAGUUAUAUCCUACUAAUACCCCAGUCUGGGGUAUUUUCUUUACCAUUGGGAUUAACUUUGUGUUCUUGAUCCCUUUGACUACUAUCAUGUCUAUCACUGGUUACCAGUUCGGGUUGAAUGUUUUGGUUGAAUUGAUCAUUGGUUACGCCCUUACAGGUAACGGUGUUGCCUUGAUGACGUUGAAGGCAUAUGGUUACAACAUCAAUGGCCAAGCUCAGAACUAUGUCUCCGAUCAGAAGUUGGCCCAUUAUGCUAAGAUCUCACCUAUGGCCAUCUUCAGGGGCCAAUUAAUGGCUACUAUCGUUCAGUGCUUCGUUGUCUUGGGGGUUGUGAACUGGAUGUUGAGCAACGUCAAGGAUUUCUGUCAACCCCACCAGGGUCAAAAAUUCACAUGUCCUAAUGAAACGACUUUCUACUCUUCGUCGAUUUUCUGGGGUGUCAUUGGGCCGAAGAAGGUUUUCUCCGGGUUGUAUCCUAUCUUGCAGUGGUGUUUCUUGAUUGGGGCCUUGUUGCCAAUUCCGUGCGUUCUUUUCAAGAAAUAUGGUCCAAAGCGUCUCACAUACUACUUCCAGCCAACCUUGAUCAUUGGUGGCUUUUUGCAAUUUGCCCCGUACAAUUUGUCGUACCUUACUGGCAGUUUGUACGCCUCGUUUGCCUUCAUGUACUACAUCAAGAACAAGUACGCUUCUUGGUGGGAAAAGUAUAACUAUGUUUUGACCUCUGCCUUGACCGCCGGGACAGCCUUUUCAGGGGUUAUCAUCUUUUUUGCAGUUCAGUACCACGAUAAAAGUAUUUCCUGGUGGGGUAACAAUGUUCCUUACGAUGGUAUUGAUGGCGGUAAUGGUCCGCAAUCGCUUCUUAAUUCUAGUGCUUUACCUGAUGGGUACUUUGGCCCAAUUAGUGGUAACUUCCCAUAGUUGCUGCAACCUUGGU